UGGAGCCCGGAAGCGGGUGAAUGAUGCGGAGGGGGGGCCGCCGUUUCCAUGGUAGUGUGGCCCGGUGAGCUGUGAGGGCCUACCUGCGGAACCUUUCCCGGUGUCGGGAUGACGGGCCUGAGCUCACCAUGACCGGGGAAAAGAAAAAGAAGAAGAGGUUAAGUCGCAGCAUCCUUCUGGCUAAGAAAAUCAUCAUUAAAGAUGGAGGGACGCGGCAGGGGGUUGGUGAACCAAGUGUCUACCAUGCGGUGGUGGUUAUAUUCCUAGAGUUCUUUGCCUGGGGUCUGCUGACAACUCCCAUGUUAACGGUACUGCACCAGACCUUCCCACAACACACAUUUUUAAUGAACGGUUUAAUUCAUGGAGUUAAGGGAAUUCUCUCCUUCCUUAGUGCCCCCCUCAUUGGAGCAUUGUCAGAUGUGUGGGGCAGAAAGUCAUUCCUUCUCCUCACUGUUUUCUUCACCUGUGCGCCUAUACCUCUGCUCAAGAUCAGCCCUUGGUGGUAUUUUGCUGUGAUUUCUAUGUCGGGUGUCUUCGCUGUCACAUUCUCUGUGAUCUUUGCUUACGUGGCUGAUAUCACCCAGGAACAUGAGCGGAGCACAGCAUAUGGCCUGGUGUCUGCUACUUUUGCUGCCAGCCUGGUAACUAGUCCAGCAAUUGGUGCCUACUUGGCUCGAGCAUACAGCGACACUCUAGUGGUAGUAUUGGCCUCUGGCGUGGCACUUCUGGAUAUAGGAUUCAUCAUAAUUGCUGUUCCCGAGUCGCUUCCAGAAGAAAUGCGCCCAGUUUCCUGGGGAGCACCCAUUUCUUGGGAGCAAGCAGACCCCUUUGCGUCGUUGAGAAAGGUUGGCCAGGAUUCCACAGUACUCCUCAUCUGUAUAACUGUCUUUCUGUCUUACCUUCCUGAAGCUGGGCAGUACUCAAGUUUUUUUCUCUACUUGAGACAGGUGAUUGGCUUUUCAUCAGAAACUGUGGCUACAUUUAUUGGUGUUGUUGGAAUAUUGUCUAUUUUAGCUCAGACUGUGGUGUUGGGUGUUCUCAUGAGAUCUAUCGGUAAUAAGAACACUAUUCUCCUUGGGCUUGGCUUUCAGAUCCUGCAGUUAGCUUGGUAUGGCUUUGGCUCUCAGCAGUGGAUGAUGUGGGCUGCAGGAGCAGUAGCUGCAAUGUCCAGCAUUACUUUUCCUGCUAUUAGUGCUAUAGUGUCACGCAAUGCAGAUCCUGACCAACAGGGUGUAGUUCAGGGAAUGGUAACUGGAAUCCGUGGCUUAUGCAAUGGUCUGGGACCUGCUCUGUAUGGCUUUGUCUUUUACUUGUUCCAUGUGGAGCUUAAUGAGAUGACUGAUGUGGAGCCUUCUGAAAAGAUCCUUAAACCCAACAUGGCCAACCCCUCUGAUGAGAGAAGUAUCAUCCCAGGCCCACCAUUCUUGUUUGGGGCCUGCUCUGUUUUGCUGUCUUUGCUGGUGGCUCUCUUUAUCCCGGAACAUAACAACCUUACAUUGCGCUCUGGUGCUUAUAAAAAGCAUAGCAAUGGUGCUCAGAGCCAUGCACUUUUGCCUCCGGCUCACCUCCCAGAGGGCAAGGAACCACUUCUCGAUGAUAGUAGUGUAUGACCAAAACACUGUACAUGGGCAUCCGAGCUAUUGGUCUAGCAACAUCAUGGACUGCUUUGUCACACACUGUGGGGAAACCUUGACUGCAGGAACGGAAGCAGCAGGAGUCAAAUUACAGUGAAAAGGACUGUGACUGUGUCUUUUAUUGCCCCAGUACAGGGGUUAGAUAGAGCAAAAGCUCUUUACAAACAGGUUACACUUAAGUGUGCCACUAAACGUGGCAGCAGAAAUCACAAAGAUUGCCUGUUAAGCAGGUGAACUACAUGGCUAAUUUUAAUAUGUAUAAUUCUGGCAGCUGUCUGUAGACAGUGUGUAGGAGUGGGAUGUAUGUAUAUUGAACAAUAAAAGUGAGCAUAACUGUGGAAGAGGCAAAGAAAUUGGGAUAUCAUUUGCCAAAACAAGACUAGGAUCUGCCUCAUGACCUAGCCCUAGAAGCCGCACCUGUGGCAUUGUGAAAAAAAAAAAAAGAAACGUUUUUUUUUAUUUUUUUAUUUAAUUUUGUUUUUUAAUUAUUACUAUAAUUGACUGAAAAGAGGGCUACACCAUGGCCCUGCUGUAUGAUCUUUUUUUUAAAUCAUGUUAAUUCUGCUUUCCCGUCUCUUCUGUAUACCACAGUGCAGCCCUGAGAGAGUUGGAUGAAGUACCCUUGUUGUGGUCUGACAGACUAGCCUCUGACUGUACAGAAUUAAAGUUAAUUUUUUCCUAGAA